AUGGCUCCUCAUAUAAAAUCAGCCUCCUGGGUUCCCUUAGGCGAACAACAAAAUUACUCUUUAAAUCUUAUAAGAUUAAAGUACUUAUCUGGGAGUAGUUCUGAAGGUUAAUACAUGGUUUAAGGUGGUACAAGUUUAGCAUAUGGCACUUUUCCUAGAAAGAAGUUAUUGAAGAGACAAGAGGGACCUACUUUGAAGCCAUGAUUUGAUUGCUUCAUUUCGACUGGUUUCAGGUGGUGAGCUGUGUGAGAGAAGACGCACCAGGGCCUCUUUUGCUAGGCUAGUUCGCUAACGUUAGCGCAUUGGAUUAGCGUCAAUUAAAGAGGAUACGUUUAAAUAAAUGGUCGAUCCUGUUGAAUGAGGAUCAGGAAAGAGCAUAUUUACACAUUGGGUUUAUCGUCAUGGCCGUAUCAAGGCUUGAUCGCCUGUUCAUCCUGCUUGACACUGGAACUACUCCAGUUACAAGGAAGGCUGCCGCCCAGCAGCUGGGCGAUGUGGUAAAACUCCACCCACAUGAGCUCAACAACCUUUUGUCGAAGGUGUUGACGUACCUGCGAAGUCCCAACUGGGAUACGCGCAUUGCUGCGGGUCAGGCAGUGGAGGCCAUUGUAAACAAUAUCCCAGAGUGGAACCCGUCACCCAAGCACAAAGAAGAGUGUUGUGCAGACUUCUCCCCAGAGGACUCCUCCUGUGACCGUUUGAGUUUUCAGAAUUUUGACAUCUCCCGCCUGCUCAAACACGGCGCUUCUCUGCUGGGUUCCGCUGGCGUGGAGUUUGAAGUACAGGAUGACAAGUCCGGUGAGGUGGAUCCUAAGGAGCGCCUGGCCCGCCAGAGGAAGCUGCUGCAAAGGAAGCUGGGUCUGGACAUGGGCGCUGCCAUCGGCAUGGACACCAUGGAGCUGUUCAAUGAUGACGACCUGGACGCCCAGUACACCUGCCCAGCCAGUGGCCCCAAGACCCAGGACCACGGAGGGAAGAGCUCUGGACCCUGCUCCAGCUCCCGCAACAAUGCGCCCAUGCAAGCGGCUGAGAUAAUCGACUCUGAGUUUCGGCCGGGCAUGAGCAACCGACAGAAGAACAAAGCUAAGAGGAUGGCCAAGCUGGUGGCCAAGCAACGAUCCAGGGACAUGGAUCCCAACGAGAGAAGUAAUGACAGUGUUGAGGGAGAACCUGAGGAGAAGCGCAGGAAAACGACGAAUGUAGUCAUUGACCAACCGGCAACGGAGCAUAAAGUCUUAAUCGAUAACAUUCUGGACAACUCCAGCCUCUUAGAGGAUACCCAGGAGUGGCCUUUGGAGAGCUUCUGCGAUGAGCUCUGCAAUGACCUCUUUAACCCCUCAUGGGAGAUACGGCACGGUGCAGGCACAGGCCUCCGGGAGAUCCUGAAGUCCCAAGGGGCUGGAGGAGGGAAAUUGAUGGGAUUCACCACAGAACAGAUGGCUCGGCAGCACCAGGAGUGGCUGGAGGAUGUGGUCAUCCGGCUGCUUUGUGUCUUUGCCCUGGAUCGUUUCGGAGAUUUCGUGUCCGACGAGGUGGUGGCUCCGGUUAGAGAGACCUGUGCCCAAACACUGGGUGUGGCCCUACGUCACAUGACUGAGAGCGGCGUCACCAUGACUGUAGACAUCCUGCUGAAGCUGCUGAUUGAGGACCAGUGGGAGGUCCGCCACGGGGGUCUUCUGGGUAUCAAGUACGCCUUGGCUGUCAGACAGGACCUGAUCUCUGCUCUGCUUCCUCGGGUGCUGCCUGCCAUCACAGAGGGUCUGCAGGAUUUGGAUGAUGAUGUCAGAGCAGUGGCGGCUGCAGCCCUGAUCCCAGUGGUGGAUGGCUUGGUGCAGCUUCUCCCCAAUGAGGUCCCAUUCAUAGUGAACUCCCUGUGGGACGCACUCCUGGAGCUGGAUGACCUGACAUCGUCCACCAACAGCAUCAUGACCCUCCUGUCCUCCCUGCUCACCUAUCCUCAGGUUCGCCAGUGCAGCAUGCAGCAGUCUCUGACAGUCCUUGUCCCUCGGGUCUGGCCCUUCCUCCGACACACCAUAUCGUCCGUCAGACGGGCGGCGCUGGAAACUCUCUUCACCCUGCUGUCCAAAGCUGACCAGAGCUGUGCCUUAUGGCUCAACCAGGUCCUGCAAGACAUGCUCCGCCACAUCUUCCAGUCCUGCAUCCUAGAGAGCAAUCAGGAGAUCCUGGACCUCAUCCAAAAGGUGUGGGCCGAACUCCUGCGCCAAGCCCCCCAGCAGUACGUUGUGGCUGCCAGCUGUCCCUGGAUGGGUGCCUGGCUCUGUCUGAUGAUGCAGGCCUCUCACAUUCCCAUCGACAUUAACAUGCUGCUGGAAGUCAAGGCUCGCUGCAAGGAGAAGGUUGGGGGCAAGCCUCGCCAGGGAGCGGCGGUGCCGGUGAAGGAGACCGUUCAGGAGUACAUCGCAGGGGCUGAAACCGUGACUGAGGACCCUGUGACGAGGGACUAUGUGGUGACACGGGCUCGACUCAUGGCCGCCAGACUGUUGGGGGCCCUGUGUCGUUGUAUUUGCGACCCGCAACUCAACUCGUUGUCCCAGGACAUCCGGCCGGCUGAGUCUCUGGGCCAGCUGCUGCUUUUUCACCUCAAUUCCAAGUCUGCCCUGCAGCGUAUCGCUGUGGCCCUGGUUCUUUGUGAGUGGGCUGCGCUGCAGAAGGAGUGUCGGGUGGUGUCGGCCAUGGUCCAGCCUCGCCUUUUGGCUAUCCUAUCAGAGCAGCUGUACUACGACGAGAUUGCCAUUCCCUUCACGCGCAUGCAGAACGAGUGCAAGCAGCUCAUCGCCCUGCUGGCCGACGCUCAUAUUGAUGUGUGCGACCGCCUCAAUUGCAAUGUGUUCACCAUCGACCAGGCUAACGAACUGGUGACCACCGUCUUCGCAGAGUCCACUACAGGUCUGAACAUGAAGUCUAAGCCGUUUCAGCCACUGGACAGCAAGCGGCAGCAGGCCCAGUCGACGGUGGCUGAGACCAGCGUGGAGUGGCAACAGCUGCACUUGCGCGUCCACAUGUUCACCGCCUGCGCCGUGGUCAACCUACAGGCACUGCCAGACAAGCUGAACCCGGUGGUACGUCCGCUGAUGGAGGCAGCCAAGCGGGAGGAGAACACCCUUGUCCAGGGCUACGCCGCCUCCUUCAUCGCCAAGCUGCUGCAGCAGUGCGCCAGCAGGCAGCCAUGUCCCAACUCCAAGAUCGUCAAGAACCUCUGCACGUCGGUCUGCGUGGACCCCCUGCUCACGCCCUCCUCUUCCAGCCCCAUAUCGCCAACUCAGGAGACUUCUAAAGCCGGCGUAUCGGAGAAAGAAUGCAUGCACCACAUGGUCAACAAGACCAAGGGCAUCAUCACUCUGUACCGCCACCAGAGGGCAGCAUUCGCCAUCACUAGCAAGAGGGGCCCUGCCCCCAAAACUCCCAAGACCCCCACCGCUGAACUUCCCCCUGGUAGCACCAUUACUGUAGAUAGCGAUGAGAAUAAAAAGCCAUGCCUCGUCCAGAGAAGAGGGGCUGAGUUCUGCCUGAUGACGGUUGCCAGGCACUUUGGCCAAGAGCUGACUGUGUCGCUGCCCUACCUGUGGGAGUCUGUGGUGGGACCCCUGAGGGCUGUGGUCGGAGACAAUCAAAGCAUCGAUGGGAAGCUCCAGUUGGAGAGGGGGGACGCUGUAGCUCAGGAGCUGGUCAACUCUCUGCAGGUGCUGGAGGUCAUUGCUGGGGCCAUGGCCCCUGAGCUCAAACCUCUGCUGUUGGACCGACUAGCCUCCCUGUUCACGUGUCUGCAGCACCCCUAUACGGCCGUGCGUCACAUGGCGGCCCGCUGCGUGGGCGUGCUCAGUAAGAUUGCUACCAUGGAGACCAUGCACCUGUUCCUGGAGCGUGUGCUGCCCUGGCUGGGGUGCAUCGGGGACAGCACCAAGCAAGAGGGGGCUAUGGAGGCCAUGGCUUGCGUGAUCGAACAACUGGACGUGGACAUCGUGCCGUACAUCGUGCUGCUGGUUGUGCCUGUGCUCGGUCGGAUGAGCGACCCCAGCGACAGCGUCCGCUUCAUGGCCACGCAGUGCUUCGCCACCCUCAUCCGCUUACUGCCGCUGGAGGCGGGUAUCCCGGACCCUCCAACCAUGUCGGAUGAUCUGAUUCGCCAGAAGGCCAGAGAGCGCCACUUCUUAGAACAGCUGCUGGACGGCAGGAAGCUGGACAACUACAAGAUCCCUGUUCCUAUCAAAGCUGAGCUCCGCAAGUAUCAGCAGGAUGGAGUGAACUGGCUGUCCUUCCUGAACAAGUACAAGCUGCACGGCAUCCUGUGUGACGACAUGGGCCUGGGGAAGACCUUGCAGUCCAUCUGCAUCCUGGCAGGUGACCACUACCUCAGGGCCCAGGAGUACGCCAGAACCAAGGCUGCAGACUGCAGCCCCAUGCCUUCUCUGGUGGUGUGUCCCCCCACCCUCACGGGUCACUGGGUCGACGAGGUGGGCAAGUUCUGCACCAAGGACUACCUGAACCCCCUGCACUACACCGGACCCCCCACGGAGAGAGCCCGGUUACAGCAUCUAGUGAAAAAGCAUAACUUAGUAGUAGCCUCUUACGAUGUUGUACGGAACGACAUUGACUUUUUUAGGAAUAUAAAAUUCAAUUACUGUAUCCUGGACGAAGGUCAUGUGAUCAAGAAUGGGAAGACCAAGCUCUCCAAAGCCAUCAAGCAGUUGGCUGCGAAUUUCCGUAUUAUCCUAUCAGGAACUCCUAUCCAGAAUAACGUUCUGGAGCUGUGGUCGCUCUUUGACUUCCUCAUGCCUGGCUUCCUGGGCACGGAGCGUCAGUUUGCCGCCCGUUACGGAAAGCCCAUCUUAGCCAGCCGGGAUGCCAAGAGCUCAUCACGUGAGCAGGAGGCUGGUGUGUUGGCUAUGGAGGCACUGCAUCGCCAGGUCCUGCCUUUCCUCCUGAGGAGGAUGAAGAAGGAUGUUCUGCAGGAUCUCCCCCCAAAGAUCAUCCAGGAUUACUACUGCAACCUAAGCCCUCUGCAGGUUCAGCUCUAUGAAGAUUUUGCUAAGUCACGGGCUAAGGUCAGCGUGGAGGACACAAUUUCCACCGCCUCCACCGAGGAGGAGGAAAAGCCCAAGCUGAAGGCCACAGGCCAUGUGUUCCAGGCUCUGCAGUACUUAAGGAAGCUGUGUAACCACCCCGGGCUGGUCCUGCUUCCCCAGCACCCAGAGUACAAGCGCAUCACAGAGCAGCUGGCCGCACAACACUCCAGCCUUCGAGACAUCCAGCACUCCCCCAAACUGUCAGCCCUGAAACAGUUGCUGCUGGACUGUGGCCUGGGGGGCGGGGGCUCUGCUGAGGGCACCGAGGCGGUGGUGGCCCAGCACCGAGUUCUGAUCUUCUGUCAGCUGAAGAGCAUGCUGGACAUUGUGGAGCAUGACCUGCUGAAACCCCAGAUGCCCACGGUCACCUACCUGCGACUGGACGGCAGCGUGCAGGCUGGCCUGCGUCACUCCAUCGUCUCCAGGUUUAACAACGACCCAUCCAUAGACGUUCUGCUCCUGACCACUCAUGUGGGGGGCCUGGGUCUGAACUUGACUGGCGCCGACACCGUGGUGUUUGUGGAACAUGACUGGAACCCAAUGAGAGACCUUCAGGCCAUGGACCGUGCCCACCGAAUCGGACAGAAACGCGUGGUGAACGUUUAUCGACUGAUCACGCGGGGCACCCUGGAGGAGAAGAUCAUGGGCCUGCAGAAGUUCAAGAUGAGCAUCGCCAACACUGUCAUCAGCCAGGAGAAUGCCAGCCUUCAGAGCAUGGGCACUGACCAGCUCCUCAACCUCUUUACCCUGGACAAGGACGGGAAGGUGGAUCAGGGCGAGUCGUCAUCGUCGUCUGGAAGUAAAGCGUCUAUAAAGAACGUUCUGGAUGAUCUCGGCGACCUGUGGGACCAGCAGCAAUAUGAUACGGAGUACAACCUGGACAGCUUCAUGCACUCGCUCCACUAGCCCAGCGCCCAGCCAGGAAACAUCCCCACCCGACACCCCAACUGGCUUCCCAGUGCCACUACGAACACAGCCCCGUGGUAUGCUAAUCUCCCCACAUUAAAACUCACAAAGCUUAACCACAUUAACAUUGUCCCCCACCCGGACAGAAGAAGCCUGGUUCUCUGUCGUAAAGACUGCAUCUACAGUGGAGUAUCCCCACAGACCAGUCCAGUCCAGCGCUCAUUCUCCUGAUCUGAAGUCUUAUCAAAACUACCCGGCAGCUGUCAGGACCGCCCGUGGGUUAAAUUGACAAAAACGUGACACGUGAGCGGAUUAAAGAACUGGCGAUUGCUUAGUUUGAGCUGGCCUGUAGGAACUCGCUGGUUUGUGCUGAACUGCCGGUGUUUAGGGUUGUAUGCCUGGUACUAGGUGAGUCUUAUCCUCCAGGUGGCACUAGUCUCCCCACACAUCCCCUGUAAGCACAUUCACUUGACCUUUGAUCUUCGUUUUCACGUGGAACUCACGUGGGAAAGCCAUGCCCCCACCCCAACCUCGUGAAAUGUCACUGAAUAGUGCUGCACUGAAGCAGCGUGGCUGGGACUUGGGAAGGCGGGGCCGGGCUGAAACUGGACCCCCCCGGGAGGACUUGUCACAGAGUUUUAAAGAGAACGCAGACCUGUAUAUAUUUGUGUAAUUGCUGCUUUUUGUUUAAACUGCUAGGAUUGUAAUAAAUUCUACAGACCUUU